AUGGAAGUGCAACUGUCGUUUGCUGAGUUUAUAGAAAUGGUCGAUACGGGACAGCUAGAAGCCAAGGGAGAAUAUAUCGGUGGGAUAUUUUAUCCAAACAUGCCAACAUCUGCUGAACACUCAAACACAGUUGCGAAAAUAAUUACAGAAUUGCAUGAAAAAUCGUUGCAUAAAAAUUAUUUGUUAAAAUCAGAGAAUUCUAUCAUCUUUGGCGAAGAUGUUUUGUCUCCGGACAUAAGUGUUCUUUCUGGUUAUGACAAAAGAUCAAAGACGUUGCCAAAGAGUGAACAUGUGAAGUUGUUAAUCGAAGUAUCUUUAUCAUCACUGCGUUUUGAUAUUAAUACAAAAGUGUCUAUUUAUGCUUCGUUUAACAUUGAAGAGUAUUGGAUUGUCGAUCUCAACUCCGACGUGAGUAUUGAAACAUGA